CGCCCCCUGGAAUGGAAUUUUCCACACGGCCGUUGUAAACCGUUGCUGCCGCAUUCCAACGGUCAUUCGAGAGACGACACCCGGCGGAUUCACUUCCCAGAAGAGCCGACGUCCUUGAUUACGAAUAUUUAGUCCGAAAAACAACGACUCUAGUAAUCGUUUAGCUUUAGUCGUAAAUUGUGUGUUGUGAUAUCACAUUUGAGGUCUUCUUUAAUAGUUUUGAUCUUCAUUCACGUCUUCAGAGUGGCACGCUGUUGUUGACUCGCUCGAGAAAGACAUCUAAAAAUGGCCAAGCAAUCUCACUCUAGGUCUGACAUGGCCCAGGCUCGCCAGAGUGAUGGUAUCAAAGUGAUUUUCGACCACAAAAGCCCCGGUUCCUCCCGCUCCCGUUCAUCCAGCAGCAGCGCCAGCAGCCGCUCCUCCAGCUCCGACUCCUACCGAGGAAGAGGAACCCACAGGAGAAGGGGCAGGUCCUCGUCUUCCUCAUCCUCCUCCUCAUCGUCCAGCAGCAGGUCUUCCUCUCGCUCCAGGUCUCGCUCGUACCCUCGUUGCCACAGACGUUCCUCCCGCUGUGGAUGCAACGACCAUCGCAGAUACAGCCGCCCGAGUUCCCGGCGCUCCCCCCCGCGGCGCUUUAGGGCCCGCUCCCGCUCGUACAGCCGCUCGCCUUCGUCCAGCAGGUACUCCCGGCACUACAGGGCCCACUCCAGGUCCAGAUCCCGGUCCAGGUCUUCUGGCCGCUGGCGUAGGUACAGGAGGCCGGUGAGCCAGUUCAGGUGCAGAUUGUCCAGGUCUUCAUCCAGAUCCCCAUUAAGAUCAUCCAGGCCCCGGUCAAGGUCCAGAUCCAGGUCCCCUGCACACUCCAUUAGCCUCAGCUUGCGUGAUAAAAAGGAACUUCUUGAAACUGCCAAGGCCAAUGCCAUGAAGAUCCUUGGAGUGGAGAAGCUGGAACUUCCAGAGAGUGUGAAACCGAUCCUCUCAGAGCAGCCAGAGUCCAGCAGGUUUUCUCCUGAGCCGCUGACACGGGUGAGGCAUGGCUCCGUAAGGACGCCGACACAGGUAACGGCCAGAGCGGACAGCUAUGAGAGCAGGAAGCCGUACGGCCACUGGGUCCCCGUCGGCUCCGGCCGCCGCUCCAGAGCCCACAGACGCUCCUGA